GGUUUGGGUCACACGGUGUACGUCUCUUCUCCCUCUCUUUUCUUAACCUCGUAGUAAAUAAACUUGUCACAGACAAAACAAUGUCAAUGAGGGACUACCAAACCACGGGGCAACAGCAAGCCGGGUACAACCCGCUGCGUCCAUACUAUACACCGGGUUUACACCACCAACACAACUACACAUCCCUCCCUUCGAGCGAUUCAAUCCCGGGUCACACACCACAAGUGUUUGUCGAUUACGAUCAGGGCAUUCCAUUAAAAAGCACCACGACCAAAUUCACCAGUUUCGCUGCCUUUAAAUAUUUCAUGACCAUGUUUACCAGCCCAUUUGAAGUCGGCACGACUUUGCUGCAGGUUCAAUAUGCGCCUCAUGAAAGUGUCGAGGUCUUUGGAUUUCGAAACAACGCAGCUGUAUUAGUACAAGAACCAACAACAACGACAACUACAACUGCCAAUAAUACACGGUCGUUUGACGAGUUGUUAUCGUCGUCUUCUUCAGACGAAGAAGGAGGAUUUUUUGGAACGCGACCUCAACAGCAACAACAAAAGACAGAAACGAGUAGCCAAUGGAGCAGUAAAUCAAAGAUGCGUCGUAGUCGAAACGAUUUGAGCAACACAGAAACGGGUAGUAGUCGUAGCGUUUAUGAUGAUCAAUCCAGACCUGUCUAUCAAAUGGCGCCCAUGGAUGGUGGCGUGUUGGAUAUUCUGGGCCGUAUCAUGAAACAACCGACAGAAGGAUGGAAAUCGUUAUUUAAAGGACAGCGCGUCACUUGGAUGUAUGAAAUGUUGUGGGGAUGUUUGCAACCCGGAUUCGAAAGUACCUUGAACGACGUGUUUGGUCUGUACGACGAUACUAUACCCCUUAUGCAUCUUGAGCGCAUUGGUCCCAACUUGAUCACCAUGGUUGUGAGUCACAUUGUAGUAGGUGUGCUGCUAAGUCCAUUGGAGAUUAUCCGUACAAGAUUAAUAAUACAGUCAGCAUCGCCACAGAACAGUAAAUACAAGGGCAUCAUCCACGCUUUCCGCACAAUGGUGCGUGAAGAAGGCGGUGUCCGCGCCAUUUACCUGUCACAAAACCUUGCACCAACGAUCCUGUACCAUACCGUCCGACCUUUAUUAGCGAGCAGCAUCCCUAUUGUUAUUGACCGCACAUUGGGCAUUUCAGCUCAAGACUCACCUAUUCUCUAUGGUGCUGCAGAACUGACGAUCCGAACCUUGGGCUUAUUGGUCACACUUCCUUUGGAAACGAUCCGAAAACGACUGCAUGUGCAGGUACCAACAUCAUCAUCAUCAUCAUCGAACAAGGAACAACAAAGAUAUGAAACAGCCGUUGCUAUUCGCCCAGUGCCUUACAAGGGGGUAUUGGAUGCAUUGUACAAGAUCAUGAAGGAGGAAGGAACAAAGGAAAAGCGCUCGUCUGCCGUUCAUAAUACCAAGAAAAAGUCGUCAUCGUUAUCGGAUACUACUACAAGUGAUAGUGAAGAUGAUUUCUUGCCUCCGCCACCAUCAAAGAAAAAGGCAACAAAUACUUUGAGCAGCGCUUGGGGUAUUCGUGGAUUGUACAAGGGAUUUGGCAUGCAAUGUGCGGCCAAUGGCAUGGCCUUUGUAUUCCAUGCUAUCAACGGUAUUGAUGAAGAAGACUUUGAUGCAUAGAUCACGUAAUUUAUAUCCUAUAAAGUCACAACAACAGAAUUAAAAUAAGAACCAUUUUGCUUUUUGAAAAAGAAAGGUUUCCGUUAAGGAUCUAAUAGGGAGAGAUUAAGACUUGAAAUGAAUAGUGUUUCUCCCUAUAAUAGUGUAUAGUUGAUGGAUACGAAUUCAUCAAGGUGAUUGCUUGGAGGCAUGAUAAAAUCAAAGAGCUCGUAAGGGGUGUCGCUGUGUUUUAUGAGUUGCCCAGCACAAGCAAACGCCAAGCUGUCAUUCCAGCGCCAAGUUUUGUUUUUGUCACACAAACAACAGACAG